UUACAAAUAGUCUUGUAAAGAAUUAUGAUCCACAUCUGAUGCCAGAUCUUAAUACUAAUCCUGCUGCUCAGGAACUUCGUAAAGCUCUUUUUUCAAAUGCAAAAGAAAUGCUUCAAAAAUUUUUGAUGAAAGAUCGAGAACAACUAGAUAAUACACUUCUUCGAUUAUACGCAGAAUAUGAUUCUGAUGAUUUGCUAAAAGACUUAUUAGAGAACGAGAACGAAUGUACUUUAGCUCUUUGUGAGAAACCUCUGAUUGACGCUGAG